AUGAGUAAACCAAAUAACAGCUCUGAAUCUACCAUUGAUGACUUUUCUUAUUCAACUAUUCUAGUUAGACUUCUUUCAGUAAAAUAUGAUUCUUUUCUUUCUGAUUUGAUUACCUCACCAGAAUCAAUUCAGAUAAAAGGUAUUGAACAAGACAAUGAUUAUACCAAGUUUCAAUGCCACUAUCAAAAACUCAGUAAUGAAAGAAAAAAAGAGUUAAUUGAUGACUUUAAAGUGCAGAGAUAUUUAUCUGAUUUAGCUUCAUUACCAUUAGAGGUUUCAAUCAAAGUAUCUUUGCAAGAGUAUUAUAACAAUACUUUGAGAGUGAUUAAAGUUUCAAGUAUAUUAAAAGGAACUUAUCAAAUCAAAAUUCCCAUAGGAUAUGAUACUCCAAAUUCUAUAUUCCUUGAUUCAAUUACCAUUAAAAUUGAUGUACAGUGUCCAGACAAUUGGGAAUGUGAUGGUUUGGAUAUUAUUCAUUACGUCUCAGAUGAGGAACUUCAAAAUAGGUCUUUUGUUUUCUUGUCUGGAAAAACACUUUCUCUUACAAGAUUCAACAAAGAAAUGAUAGUACCUGGUUAUGGGCUUCGUUCAAAAAAAAAAGGUACUGGAAACCUAAUUUUAAAAUACAAAAGUAUAGCACCAGACUGUUCUAGUAGUUCUUCAUGUAAAACUCCAACAAAUACCAAAAGUGUAAAUCAUCAGUUAAAUGAAAAUAGUACUAUAACAUACACACAAAAAACAAAUGGUAAUUCGGAUAAACCAGGGUCAGUUGAAAUAAAAAGUGGUGUUAGUGUCUACUCUCCAACAAAUAAAAAUACUGAUCAAGACAUUAUCCAUUUACCUGAUGGUGCUGCUAUAUAUGAAGUAUCUUUUUUGGAAAAAGAAGUUAAGGAGGACAACAUAACUUAUUAUAUAUUCCAUCUAAGAAUAGCCCCUUGUCAAUUAAAGAUAAAUGUUCAUACAGAUUAUCGCAAAGAAAUAAAUAAUAAAGAAUGUUUUAAAAAAGCAACAAUCAAGGAUAAUACUGUUUUAUAUGAUGUUCUUUUUGGUGGUGCUUUUGAUACAGAGAAAGAUGCAAUGAAAUUUCUAAAUGCUAAAUUAUUCAAAAACUUAAACCUAAAACAUAGUCUUGAUAAUUGUAAAGUUGGGUUUGGUGGUGGAUAUGCCGUUUUAGAAAAACAUUACUUUGAAACAGGAUACGGAUUUAUUCCUCUAGUUUAUCCUAUUCCAAAAAUGUAUGAAAAGCCAGAAUACAAGUUUUUUGUAUUUUUUAAUUAUCUCCAUCCGUCUAACGAAAUUUAUCCAGUUCUUGUACGUAAAUCGGAGACUUCUUAUUAA